GCGCUGCCUCGGGGCCGCGAACGCCACGGACAUGUUGCCGCCGUCACCACUACGGGUUGGAAUUCGAGGUACUAAUAUAGUUGUGCUCGGGGUCGAAAAAAAAUCCGUUGCCAAGCUUCAAGAUGAAAGAACUGUGAGGAAGAUCUGUGCCCUUGAUGACCAUGUCUGCAUGGCUUUUGCAGGACUGACUGCUGAUGCAAGAGUAGUAAUAAACAAAGCUCGUGUGGAAUGCCAAAGUCAUAAGCUUACAGUUGAGGACCCAGUCACCGUAGAAUAUAUAACUCGCUUCAUAGCAACCUUAAAGCAGAAAUAUACUCAGAGCAAUGGACGAAGGCCUUUUGGUAUAUCUGCCUUGAUUGUAGGUUUUGAUGAUGAUGGUAUCCCAAGAUUAUAUCAGACUGAUCCCUCUGGUACUUACCAUGCUUGGAAGGCAAAUGCAAUAGGUCGAAGUGCCAAAACUGUCCGAGAAUUUCUGGAAAAGAAUUACACAGAAGAUGCCAUAGCACAUGACAAUGAAGCUAUCAAAUUAGCAAUAAGAGCUUUGCUGGAAGUUGUCCAGUCUGGUGGAAAAAACAUUGAACUUGCUAUAAUAAGAAGAAAUCAACCUUUGAAGAUGUUUAGUGCCAAAGAAAUUGAAUUACAAGUAAAUGAAAUAGAGAAGGAAAAAGAAGAAGCAGAGAAGAAAAAAUCAAAGAAGACCACCUAAUUCUUAGGAGAAACACUGGGAUAUUUUAAUAUUUCCUUGUACUCAGAAAUGCUUAGUGAAAUUUUAAAGGAAAUAAGUUAAUAUGCAACAUUACAUUUAGUAGUUACAUGUGUUGAGAAUGUCAUACUUGUGGCAUUCAUCUAUCACAAACAUACAUAAUUAUGAAGUUUUUUUUAAAAAGAGUUCAGUAAUUGUUGAAAGCAGUCAUGACUUUACAUAAGCCUGAGACUAUAUUUUAUAACUUUCUCAGUAUGUUACUUUUUUCAUAUAUGCAAAUUCGUUUAAAAUUUUUUAAUUAAAAAAAUAAUUUGGUGCUAUUCGAGCAUCGACUGUCAGGUAGCGAUAGCUAUUCCAAAAUAAACUGAAUAUAAUAUUGAGUUGCA